GGCUAGCAAAACAUCAAAAAAUCCCCGGCAGUGUUACGCAAAAUAAAGGCAUUGAAAAGUAAAUACUCCCUAGCAAAAUGCUGCUCAACUCGGUGACCCGGCUUUUGCCGCUUGCCGGAAUGACCAGGCCGAUCCAUACGACGGCCGCCUGUAGUGAGAUUCGCAAAAUGGCCCGCCUCCGUGUAGUGGAUAACAGUGAAAUCGGCAAGCGUGCCAUGGCCGAAGGAAAACCACCGAAGUGCAUACACGUCUAUAACAAGCAGAGCGUUGGAAAGAUCGGCGACAAGGUGCUGGUGGCAAUCAAGGGACAAAAGAAGAAGGGCAUCCUCGUCGGGUUGAAACAGUUUCAGAAACCCAAAAUCCCCAAGUUCGACAGUAACAACCUGGUGCUUAUCGACGAUAACGGAACGCCCCUGGGUACCCGUAUUCAUGUGCCCAUCCCGACAAUUCUGCGUACAAUUUUGAAAGAGAAAACGCAAGCAAAAGGGGCGGACUACACAAAACUGCUUGGUAUAGCAAGUAGAUUCGUUUAAUAAACCAUCUGUUAGCAUUAUGAUCUAGA